CUAUGCCUGCUUCCGGAGCAGCUAAAAGAACCGUCUCUCGCAAUGCCGCUUUCAGGCAUUGUUUAGGGCAUGCCCACAGGGCCUGAGGGGACUUGUACGACACCGGAGCGGUUGACUGUUUAUCCGCAAGUCUUGAAGAUGCCGCCCAAAGGAAAAAGUGGUUCUGGAAAAGGGGGUAAAGGGGGAGCAGCGUCUGGGAGUGAUACUGCUGACAAGAAGUCACAGGGUCCCAAAGGUGGUGGCAAUGCAGUAAAGGUCAGACACAUUCUAUGUGAAAAACACAGCAAAAUUAUGGAAGCCAUGGAAAAGUUAAAGUCUGGAAUAAGAUUCAGUGAAAUGGCCACACAAUAUAGUGAAGAUAAAGCCAGGAAAGGGGGUGACUUGGGGUGGAUGACCAGAGGAUCCAUGGUGGGACCAUUCCAAGAAGCAGCAUUUGCCUUGCCGGUCAGUGGGAUGGAUAAACCUGUGUUUACAGACCCACCAGUUAAGACAAAAUUUGGAUAUCAUAUUAUCAUGGUGGAAGGGAGAAAAUAAAAUGAUAUGAAAGACUGAA